GGCGCUUUACCGCCAUAGCCGUUUUAUCUACUAGUGUUUGUGAAUUGGUUUUUCGUAUGAAAGUCGGAGUCGUUGAGUGGACUUGAGUUCAGUAGUGGUCGGUCGAAUGCACGGAAAGUAUGGGCAUGGAAAGCAUCGUUUGAUUAACUUUUUCCCCUAUUACGUUAUUCACUGCAAGAAAAAUCGGUUUCCACAGCGUCACCAAAUAAUUUAAUACUCGCUAAAACCGGCUACGACAGGUAGACCAAGUAUUCCGAUCUCUCUGACCAUUUGAUCGCGUGACACACCUCGGAGGAACUUCUUUUCUUUUUUUUUUUGUUUUUUUAAUGUGAAACAAGCGAAAAGAGAAGGAAAGUUGCGUUUCGUACAUUCGCGAACGUUAAUUUUAAUUUUUUAAUAUCUUCACAAUAUAAAUUAUGAUUCAGUGUUAUGACGUAUCGUAGCAGAAAUUAUUCAGAAGAAAUAUUAAUUGAAUGUUUUCCGAUGACAGUGUGAAAUAUAAAAUGUUGUAACAGUGGUGUUCUUUGUUUGAAAUACGAUAUAUCAUUUCAUGGCGGGAAAUUGAAUUUUGAAGAAGCAGACGUCACCAGCUGGCCUCCUCUGCCUCUCUGUGCGAUUAUUCUUUGGAUAUCGAGUUUUGAGUUACGAUUAACAGACAAAUUCUUGUUUUAUUCAACGACGCGGAGCUCGCACACACGUUUAUCCGUACCACCACUCUACCUGACUGAGUGUUACCUGUUACCUCUGAGAAUUUUUUGGAGUUUCCGGCUCUCCCGGAAGGCGAUGCUUUUUGUCUUCGUGCAACACGAUUCGAUUAAAUAUAUCUCGAAACGUUAAAAACAAAAGCUACACAAAUGCCGAAAUCGGCGACCAAGUGGACGUUCUGGAGAAAGUGCAAGAGGCCCGUCGGCGAGGAGAACGAGGAGAAUAAAAAAGGAAAGAGGAAACGAGCAGCGGAAAUAGAGAUCGAGGAGGUGUCGACAAAAGACAAAGAGGUUUCGGUCGCGGAAACCAAACGAAAGACCAUGGAACACACGGUUACAAGAUGCGACGCCCGUUUACCAAAAGUCACGCCGAUCACCGACGACUAUGAAAUUAGCAAUCACGUACUCGGUCUUGGAAUAAACGGGAAGGUUGUCCAGUGUUAUGACAAAAACACCAGGGAGAAAUACGCGCUUAAGGUACUGUAUGAUUGUGUAAAGGCACGAAGGGAAGUUGAAUUGCAUUGGAGAGCAUCAAAUUGCAGGCACAUAGUGCAAGUCAAAGAUGUAUAUGAAAACACAUAUAGUGGAAAUAAAUGUUUGUUAGUUGUUAUGGAAUGCAUGGAAGGAGGAGAGCUAUUUGAAAGAAUACAAGAUAGACAAGAUGGUGCUUUCACAGAGAGAGAAGCUGCACAAAUUAUGUAUGAAAUUUGUGUUGCUGUAAAACACCUGCAUGAUAUGAACAUUGCACAUAGGGACCUUAAGCCAGAGAAUCUCUUGUAUUCUAAACCUGAUAGUAUUGGGAUAUUAAAACUUACUGAUUUCGGUUUUGCGAAAGAAACUCAUAUGAAAGAUACAUUACAAACCCCAUGUUAUACACCAUACUAUGUUGCUCCUGAAGUUCUGGGACCAGAAAAAUAUGAUAAAAGCUGUGAUAUUUGGUCACUUGGAGUUAUAAUGUAUAUACUAUUAUGUGGUUUUCCACCUUUCUACAGUAAUCAUGGUUUAGCAAUUUCACCGGGAAUGAAAAAAAGAAUUCGAUUAGGCCAAUACGAUUUUCCAGCCCCUGAGUGGUCUAACGUAAGCACUGAGGCAAAGAAUCUUAUCAAGGGUAUGUUGUGUACAGAUCCAGCUCAAAGACUUCAAAUUGACGACGUUAUGCGCAACAAAUGGAUUGCCCAAUAUACGGAAGUACCUCCUACGCCUUUACAUACUGGCCGUGUACUCCGAGAAGGUGAGGAACUUUGGCCAGAAGUUCAAGAAGAAAUGACACGCUCUUUAGCUACAAUGCGUGUAGACUACGAUACAGCCAAUUUGAAACAAUUGGAUCACACGAAUAACGCGUUAUUAAACAAACGAAGACGAGCGAAACAAACAAAUGCUGUACCACCGACUGCUAAUCCUACGCCAGCAUCCUAGGGAGACGCAAUAAGAGCCAGUCAGUACUGGCGCAAUUUUUUACGAAGAUGUAUAAGGUAUGGUAUAAUCACUAUGAGAAUUGUUUUUUAACAGUUACAUAUUGUAAAAUAUAAAAAAUUACAGCAGAAUAGUCUUGAAAAAAAUUCUACAUACACCGAAAAAUAUUAGGCAUAUGAACUUAUAUUCAACUACUAUAUUCUGCUACAAUUAAUAAUGGAAUGCAUGUAUUUGUACCGUAGUAUAUUUAAGUAAGAUUUUAAGAAACAUUUUUAAAAUGACGUAAUUGCCAAAUUUAAAUGACGAAAGCGCAGUGGAUAUGAAAAAAAUAUUUCAUCAUUUAUGGAGUGCAUUUUUCGCUUUUCAUAGUAAAAGUGAUAGUAACUUAAAAGAUUUAAUAACAGAAGAUUUAAAAGCAGAAAUACCAGAAUUAAAAGUAAAUUAAUCUGAUACAAAGAUAAUGUAUAUUACAAUUUAUAUUUAUUGAUGAAAUGUUGAUAAGGAAACAUUUCGUCAUUUAUAACUAUUUAUAUAGUAAAUUCAUAUUGAAAAGAAAUAUAAAACAUAUUUUUCGAUUAAAAAAAAAAGAAUGUUGGACUUCAUAAUGAAGUUUCUAUUAAAUAAUAUGAAUCUAGCAGCUUUUCAUUGAUUUACUUCAUUGAUUUACUAAAUUUAAAUCUUAAGUGAUUUAAAUCAUAAAUCAUAGACUAUAAUACUUAAUAAUUUUUAUGUGUAUAGUGGUUAUAUUUUUAAAUUAUUAAACUACUGUUAUUUAUCGUGACUGAUGUGUAAAACAAAAAUAAUUUGCAUUAUUGCAUCAAUGUUUAAAUUUUUGAUCAUGUACAGUUACAAAUUCUUUGAAUUAUGAAAACAAUAUUUAAUUAAAAAAUAAUGCAAAUGUAUGUUAUGUACUUUUAAGAUAUAUUUUGAUUGAGGCUGAAUACGUGUAAGAAUUCUUACAUAACUGUUGCAAGGUGCUAACGUAUAUUGCUGUAAUUAUUUUUUAGACGUUAAAACAAUACCACAACUUCCUAACUUUUUAAAUAAACGAAAUUUAUAAUAAAAAAUGGAAUUGCAAUAUAAAUGUAGUAAUUAUAUUUUUUUAGACAUAUUAUAAAAUAAAAAUUGAAAUUGAAAUUAAAAUAAUGCCUCAAACAAUACGAGGUCAAUUUUAAGUUUAGUGUUCAAUUAGUGUAGUUAAGUAUUUUAAUUAAAUACCGAUUUAGAUAACAUGUAAAUCGAGAGGUAAUGAAAUCUCAUGAAUGUAUCAUUGUUUCUUCUGAAACGACGAAUAUAUUAUGAAUGUAAAUAUAUGAAGUAUUUUUAAUAAGAUA